UACUUCUCGGGCAGGAAUUGGGGGAAAACAUAAGAGCGUAAGGAUACAGCGGAGCUAAGCGCCGCUAGCAGCAGGUGCACAUUAACGCAUGGAAAUCACAGAUAUGGGAGGAAAAGCUGCCCUAACAUAUGCUGUUUAAUAGUUUGAAACGACAGGAGACACGUCGUCCGACACAAACCACAACCGUGAGCUUCCAGGAGAAUAAUGUCCCGAGCCCAUACCAUCUGCUGACCAUGUCUCUAGAGUGACUGUUCGCUGCAUAUUUUAGCCACUCACUCACCACCACCAUAUAUUCUCUACCAACAAAAUGUCAGGGACCUACACCCCUGCCCCUGGUGGGCCGUUCUCUGCUCUCACUCCAAGCAUGUGGCCUCAGGACAUUUUGGCCAAGUACCUUCAAAAAGGUUCAUCGGAGCAGCUCGAAGUGCAAUACGAUGAGUUUGGGUUCAGAGUGGACACUGAUGACGAUGGGGAGCCCAAGUCUUGGCUGAGGACCGAAGGUUCACCCCAGCGUGAAGAUCCUCAGCAGCGAUUACGCUGGCAAGCCCAUUUGGAGUUCACCCACAACCACACGGUGGGUGACCUGACCUGGGAUCUCAUUGACCCUGUCCUUCCAUGCUCUGAGCGCCUGCGGACCUUGGUGCUAGGGGGCAUACCUCACAGCAUGAGGCCACAGCUUUGGAUGCGACUGUCUGGAGCACUGCAGAAGAAAAGGACCUCUGAGAUCUCUUACAGAGAAAUCAUUAAGAACAGCUCCAAUGAGGACUCCACCACAGCGAAACAGAUAGAGAAGGAUCUGUUACGGACUAUGCCAACCAAUGCAUGUUUCAGUACUAUGACCAGUGUUGGAGUUCCAAGGCUGAGACGAGUGCUGAGAGGACUAGCCUGGCUCUAUCCAGACAUUGGGUACUGUCAGGGCACUGGGAUGGUGGUAUCCUGCCUGCUGCUCUUUCUUGAGGAGGAGGAUGCACUGUGGAUGAUGUGUGCCUUGAUUGAAGACCUCCUUCCUCCAUCCUACUUCUCCUCAACUCUGCUGGGCGUCCAAACUGACCAGCGGGUUCUCCGCCAGCUCAUUGUUCAGUAUCUGCCAGCCCUGGACCGCCUUCUGCAGGACCAUGACAUAGAGCUGUCGCUGAUCACACUCCAUUGGUUCCUGACAUCAUUUGCCAGUGUGGUGGACAUCCGUCUGCUUCUCAGGAUCUGGGAUCUUCUCUUCUACCAGGGCUCGUUGGUGCUCUUCCAGGUCACACUGGGCAUGCUCAAGAUCAAGGAGGAGGUGCUUGUAUCAUCAGAGAACUCGGCUUCCAUUUUUAAUACUCUGUCGGACUUGCCAAGCCAGCUGAGAGAUGGCCCCGCAGUUCUCGGGGAAGCAAUGAGGCUAGCUGGUACCCUGUCUCAGGAAACUCUGGAAGCCCACAGACACAAGCACCAAGCCUAUAUCCUAAAUGAACAGGCUCAGCUAAACAAUGGAAACAACACAACACUCAACACAAAUCUCAAUAAGGUGGUGAGAAGACAGUCCCUGCGCAGGAAGUCCACACUGAGCUCCCUGCUGUUUGGGGAGGAUGAGGCAGAGGCUCUUAAAUCGAAGAACAUUAAGCAGACAGAGCUGGUGGCUGCACUGCGAGAGGCCAUUACCCGCACUGCAGAGCACUUUCACUGUUUUGACCCACGUCAUUCCAGUGCUGAGCUGACUCCUGACUACUCCAUGGAAAGCCACCAGCGGGACCAUGAAAACUUCCUCGUUGUGUCGCGCAACAGGCGGAGAAGGGCGAAGGCUUUGUUGGACUUUGAGCGACACGAUGAUGAUGAACUGGGCUUCAGAAAGAAUGACAUCAUCACUAUCAUCUCACAGAGGGAUGAACAUUGUUGGGUUGGAGAGCUCAAUGGCCUCCGAGGCUGGUUUCCUGCAAAGUUUGUUGAGAUCUUAGACGAAAGAAGCAAAGAGUAUUCAUCCGCAGGUGAUGACUCUGUGACGGAAGCAGUGACAGACUUGGCCAGGGGCACUCUGUGUCCGGCCCUAAAAGCCAUCUUUCAGCAUGGACUGAAGAAGCCGUCUAUACUGGGAGGGCCCUGUCACCCUUGGUUAUUCUUAGAGGAGGCGGCCAGUCGAGAGGUAGAGAGGGACUUCAACUCCGUCUACUCAAGACUGGUGCUAUGCAAAACUUACAGAUUAGAUGAAGAUGGGAAAGUACUAACACCAGAGGAGCUGCUGUACAGAGCAGUGCAGUCGGUCAACAUGAGCCACGACUCGGCACACGCUCAGAUGGAUGUCAAGUUUAGGUCUCUCGUCUGUGUCGGUCUCAAUGAGCAGGUGCUGCACUUAUGGCUGGAGGUGUUAUGUUCCAGCAUGGCUGCUGUAGAGAAAUGGUAUCACCCCUGGUCUUUCCUUCGCAGUCCUGGAUGGGUACAGAUCAAGUGUGAGCUCAGGGUGCUGUCAAGGUUUGCCUUCAGUCUCUCUCAAGAUUGUGAGCUACCCAAUAAGAAAGAGGAGAAGGAGCAGAGACCAUUGAAGGAGGGAGUGCAGGACAUGUUGGUCAAACAUCACCUCUUCAGCUGGGACAUUGAUGGCUAGACAUGCAGCAAAACUGUCUGAAUCCAAUCCAUGUCCUGUGUGUCUGUGUCUGUUUGAUUUCUCUUCCUGUUUGUUACAGACUGUCAAUCUUUAAUUAUGGUCUACGUGACUACUUCACAGACUCUGUCUCUGUCACGUCACCCUUCAGUGUUGGUCAGUGACGUCCGCCCUGUAGUGAAGACUGACAACUCUUGCUUCAGCGCUGAGGUUGCCUGAUUCGUAUGAGCUGAAGCUCACGUAUGCAUCAAGGUGCAUAAUUAGGUUUUAUUCGGACCCAGAAUAGGAUGUUUCAUUUAUAGUCUUGAAUUAUCUAAAGCUGUGUAAGUGAAACACUUUUCUAAUACAGAAUAGUCUGUACUCACUGAGGUGUUUCUGUGCUUGCACUGUAUUAACCAAGUGUGUUUUCCACACGAGUGACAUAUAUAUACAGUCUAUUCUCUUUCAUUGCUCGAUCAGGUGAUCACACUGUGCCAGUGGUCCCCAAAUUCCACAUCACCUUUAAAUUUCCCAAAGUGGAGACCACAACAGAACAUUCCUGAACAUGGACCUGUAUAGUUACGUAUUUGUUGGUGGAAUGCUACUUACCUCAGUGUCAUAUAUGUCCCAAUAUAUAUUUCCUGAAAUACUAAUGUUGCACACACCAAGUAAAGCCUUUUCAAAUUGUGAUACGAAGACUAAGGGUAUGUGUGCUACCAAAACAGUGACAGCACACAGUCUUAACACUUGUAUGACAUAUUGUAAAUGAAGCAGAGACUUUUUUGUGUUACAAAAUCUACAGUAAAUAAAUGUUACAUAUAUUGUA